AGUGUUGCUUCUCUUUGUCAGAGGACUGACUUCCGUUUUCAUGUUUGGUCCAGGUUUCUGGAAUUUACUAUCUACUAAGACUCUGAGCUAUCUGUCGCUUUGGUAAACACUAGCGGGGAUUUAGUACUUCCGUGACGGAGCUAGCUAAAGGUCCUCCAUUUCAGCCUGACCAGAGUUUUGAUUCCGUUAUUCUGCUUCAUCCUUGAAAAACACGACUGUUUACCUAGCUAGCUGGCUACCAUCAGCCAGCUGAGUUAAAUCACCUAGCAUGUUUCGGUUCUUGAAUGACGUUGAUGACGACCCCUACAUGAUGGAUCCAUUUGCAGCUCACAGGCAGCAAAUGAGUCUGUUUAGCCCAUUUGGCAUGGACCCUUUUGCGCUUGCCCCUCAGAUGCAGCCGCAUCGUGCACCACGUAGACAGGCUGGUCCUCUGGCCCCCUUCGGCAUGAUGGGAAUGGGUGGUGGAUUCAUGGAUAUGUUUGGCAUGAUGGGAGAAAUGAUGGAAAACAUGGAAAGAAUGUCAGGUACACCAAACUGUCAGACGUUUUCCUCUUCAACAGUGAUCUCCUAUUCCUCGUCAGACACAGGGGCUCCUAAAGUUUAUCAGCAGACCAGUGAAACGAGAAGAGGCCCUGGAGGGAUCCGUGAGACGCGGCAGUCAAUGAGGGACAGCGAGAGCGGCUUUGAGCGUCUCGCCAUCGGCCACCACAUCGGGGCUCGUGCACACAUAAUGGAGCGUUCACGAAAUCGCCGCACAGGAGAUCGUGAAGAACGGCAAGACUUCAUUAAUCUUGAUGAGACUGACGCUGCAGCGUUUGAUGAGGAGUGGAGGAGGGAGGCUGGAAGAUACGUUCCCCCGAACGCCCGGGGGCUGGAAUACGGCCGAGAUCGACGGGCAGGAGGUCAGCAGCUGGCUCUUACCGCCCCUCCUAGCUCAACACCCCCACCAGGUUAUCGGCAUGAGUCCCCCAGACACCGUCAGCCCCAAACCCGCCCCCGUUACGACUGGUGAGAAGGUGUCACACUUGACGAGGCGACCAGAUGGAAGGAGUUGAGGGAACAUUUCCCCCGAUGCUGUGAACCACGCUGAAGACGGAAGUUGAUGAUCGUCACAACUGCCCGUCGUAAAUGUUUGAUAUGACUGGACUGUCUAUACAUAAACAACAUAUUACACACACAUACACACAACAAAACCCCACACACUUGAUAGUUACAUUUACAGUUCAACUUCUCUACUGUUACAUACAUACACACACACACACACACACACACAAGUGGAACCCUUGUGCAAACAUGGGUAUAACUACACUCACUUUAUAUAUACUCAUUCUCAAAACUUGACGUGUUUUUGCCCACUGCACUAAAGUGCUACAGUAUACAGUACAUCUGCUGUACAGUCCAUUUUAUGUUUGUGAAGACACUAGUGUGUCGGUGAAUUGAAUUGUAUACUGUUAACUAAUUAAUCUAACUAAAUAAAAGUUCAUUAAAACAUUGUUAGAUAAUUGCAAA